AUUCAAUAUUGAUUGUUCGGAAAGAGGUACUGGGUUGAAAGUCGUCCUUCUGAAGUUCUUGAAGUCUUUGAAUCCGCAAAUCGACCAAUUCGAAAAUCACCUCCGCCAACCAUGUCUUCCGCAUACUACUCGCCGCUCGUCAGCGAUGACUUGAUCUGGGAGGUUGCUCGCAGCCAGAACGCGUACAUCGUCAAGCGCAAGGGUGUCCAGUUCUCGCGCGACCCGCUGAACUUGGUUAACCUUCACUCCCGCAAGCACGGCGGCUUUGUCAACACCAAGGCUGUUGGCAUCGCACCCGCUGAGGGCGAUAAGGGAGGUGUGACUCUCAUCACCAAGAAGGCCGGAAACGCACAGCGCCCUUCUGCUGCCACCUCGACCACCAUCAACGGCAGCAAGUCCAACCGCAAGACCUACAAGAGCGUCGCCAACACCGUCGCCAAGGGCUACAGAGGUGACCUCCGCGCCACCGCCGUUGCCCGCGCCUCCGCCAUCCGCAAGUCGCAGCGCGCCGUCAAGGAGCGCCCAGUGAGCGCACCGCGUGGUGUCAAGGCCAAGAAGGCCGCCGCUGCUGCUGAGGAGAACUAGAGGAAAGAAGGGAGAAGUUGACCCAUGAAGUGACGUCUUACUGGGAGCGGAGGGGUGGGGGGUUUCGUAGGGAAACUCUUAUCAUCAAAUGCAAAGAAUUUGUUCUCCUGGACGGGAUUUUUUGUUCUGGUUGUAGGGAUGAUUUAUCUUGUGUCAUGGCUUUUGAACUGUGUAGGGGGGAGCGACCGAUUGCAUUUUCUGCCGGGGUUUUGUCAUGGUUAUGACGCCUGGGAGGGGUGGG